CCUAUCUCUCUCUCUGAGCUCUCGUUAUUGUGCCAGAAAAAGGCAGUGGUGUCUGUCUGUCUAUAAACGGCCCCCUUUUGCGUUUGAUGCAAUAAGCAGUUGGACCUCCUCUCUCUCUCUCUCUACAACUUUCUCUCUGGUUUCGUUUUUGUGCAAUCGAAAAAGCGUUACGCAUGAUGUCUCGGGUGGACCUCCACCCGAGUCCACCACCAUUCUACUCAUCAUCACCAUCACUGAUUGAUUAUACCGCCCUUUUAUCCUCACUUCCUUUCUAACCUUUUAUUAAUCAAAUCUCUCUCUCUCUCUCUCUCUCUACUGUUGCCUGGCGUUUAAUCCAUCUCCCCUGGCCUCCUGUCUACAUUGAAAUCAUCUUUGUCCUUCUCCCUCUCUAAGCAAACUUCUCUUUCUCGCUCCUUGCCAUUUCCCUUCUCUCUCUCUCUCUCUCUCUCUAUAUCUCUAGAACGAGAGUCUAACCCCUCCCAAGAACACCAGAGAAUUGUGCACCGGAUCUCCCAAUUGGGUUUUCUCAAAAAAUGGGCAAUAAUGGAAGCCGCAGGCGUCGCCACUCCCAUCACCACCAUUCUCAAACGCCAAACUCUUCUGCCCCUACUAUUUCAACCCAAGAACCACCACAACAACAACAACAACCAGAUCAGCAGCAACGGCAACGGCAACAACAACAACAACAACAUGUAAACCCCUAUGUCUUUGCAGCCGCAACCCCUUACCCACCACCCCAAUUCCCAAACCCUAACCCUAAUAACCAUCAGUUUUAUCAGUACCCAAAUUACUAUCCUCCUCCUCCUCCUCUGUCGGUUCCGCUCCCUUCUCCUUAUGACCAACAUCACCACCACCACAACCAUGACAGCCCCCACGCGAAUUGGGGCUAUGGUGUGCGGCCUCUGAAUAUGCCCCAUGGUCCCACCUCUUGUGUGGAGCACCAGAGGGCGAUUACCAUAAGGAACGAUGUUAAUUUGAAGAAGGAGACUCUGAAGAUUGAGCCUGAUGAGGAACACCCAGGUUCUUAUUUGGUGGCAUUCACCUUCGACGCAACCGUUUCCGGGAGGAUCACUAUUUACUUCUUUGCAAAAGAAGGGGCAGACUGUAGCUUGACAUCACUGAAGGAAAACUUGCUCCAACCAGUAACAGUGUCCUUUGAACAAGGACUAGGUCAAACGUUUAGGCAACCUUCUGGGACUGGAAUUGACUUCUCUCUGCUCUCAGAGGCUGAGCUCACUAAAGAUGGCGAAAAUGAGGUGUUCCCACUUGCGGUAAAGGCAGAUGCUUUACCGCCAGGUGUUAAUGGGCCUCCAAAUGAAGAGAAGGCUCAGGACACUACACCAGGGGCUGUGAAUUCUCAGACUACACAAGCUGUGUUUGAGAAGAAAGAGAAUGGAGAUUACCAAGUGAGGGUGGUGAAGCAAAUAUUGUGGGUGAGUGGAAUGAGGUAUGAGUUACAGGAGAUAUAUGGUAUCGGGAAUUCAAUGGAAAAUGAUUAUGAUGGAAAUGACCCUGGCAAAGAAUGUGUCAUUUGCUUGUCAGAGCCAAGAGACACGACUGUGCUCCCCUGCAGGCACAUGUGCAUGUGCAGUGGAUGCGCAAAGGUUCUCCGUUUCCAGACGAGCCGUUGCCCCAUAUGUCGCCAGCCGGUGGAGCGGCUCUUGGAGAUCAAAGUCACAAAACCCGACGAGGAAUGAAUAUCAAGGUCCACUACUUUGAAUCUUUGUAAAUUCUCAUUCUGUAUUUUGAGGCUAGGGGGUGGUGAAUCAGUGCCCCUUCUUAUAUAAAAGCGUAUUGUUCUCGGCAACUGGUUUUCUCGGCAACUGGUUUGCUUUGGCAUCCUUGGCUUCUUGUAAGAAGACUGAUACAUGUGGGGAAGGAAGCACAUGAAAUGGUUGGUUUACUUCGCCAAAAAGUCGGUGAAAGAUGCCGGAUUCGGGCUUCCCGGCUUUUUGCAAUGGGAAAGGUUUCUUGUUUAUAAAAUUUAAAUUUGAAUGCUAAAGUUGGGUUGUAUGUAGAGGGAUUCUUGAGCCUUGGACCGGUGGAAUUUCAUUCCUGUGUGACUUUGUGUUAAUAGAGAAUUUAGAAAUCUAUCUCCAGGUAUGGGACUUGAGGCUUGUGUUGUGUUUAAUAGAUAGAUUAGAAAUGUAUCUCCAGGUAUUGGACUCUGUAGUUGCGUUAGUGUGAUGGCUUUUUUCGUUGGGUGUUGAAUGGAUAAAUUAGAACUCAAGGCUUGUAAUAGUUCAGCAUGGAAGAUGACUUCCUAUCUUGUUUAGUUAAUACAAGUGGAUUUGCCCAUUGUGAAA